CCCGCAAUCCCAUCCAGGUUCACCUUCGCCCUCCCCCCCAUUUUUUAUACACGCACCCACCACCAAGGUCAGGCCGCCCGCCAGCCACAAGGCAAGAGCGAGACGAAAACACAAACGCCCCGACACGAUAUAAGUAGUGGGGGGAGGUGGAAUCUGAGAGAGACCAAAUCGUCGACGGGAAGCAGCAGCAGCCAUGGCGACGCAGGCCGCCUUCGCAGUGAGAUUCCCGCAGCUGGCGCGGCCGGGCAGGGGCCAUGGUCAGGGACAGCCGGCGCGGGUGGGGGUCGCGGUGAGGGGCGGCAGGGCGGCGGCGCGCGGGGUGCGGUGCCGGGCCGGCGGCCUGAUCGAGCCGGACGGGGGCAGGCUGGUGGAGCUGGUGGCGCCCGAGGAGGGCGGCCGGCGGGCGGCGCUGCGCCGGGAGGCGGCGGCGCUGCCGCACCGCGUGCGCCUGGGCCGCGUGGACACCGAGUGGCUGCACGUGCUCAGCGAGGGCUGGGCCAGCCCGCUGCGCGGCUUCAUGCGCGAGACCGAGUUCCUCCAAGCACUUCAUUUCAACGCCGUCCGCGGCGCCGAUGGCACCCUCGUCAACAUGUCCGUGCCCAUCGUCCUCGCCCUCGACGACGCCCAGCGCCGCGCCAUCCAGGCCGACGGCGCCACCGCCGUCGCGCUCGUCGACGCCCACGACCGCCCCGUCGCCGUGCUCAGCGAUAUUGAGAUCUACAAGCAUAACAAGGAAGAAAGAAUCGCACGGACUUGGGGAACAACUGCACGCGGACUGCCGUACGUAGAGGAGGCCAUUACAAAUGCUGGUGAUUGGCUGAUUGGUGGAGACCUGGAGGUUAUAGAACCAAUCAAGUAUAAUGAUGGUCUGGAUCAGUAUCGUUUGUCUCCAUCACAGCUGCGUGAAGAAUUUGCCAGGCGCAAUGCAGAUGCAGUAUUUGCUUUUCAACUUCGUAACCCUGUGCACAAUGGGCAUGCGCUGCUCAUGACUGAUACACGGAGGCGCCUUCUUGAGAUGGGCUACAAAAACCCUGUUCUUCUUCUCCAUCCACUGGGAGGAUUCACAAAGGCAGAUGACGUGCCUCUUAGUGUGAGAAUGAAGCAGCAUGAGAAGGUUCUUGAGGAAGGUGUCCUAAACCCAGAAUCAACUGUGGUUGCAAUCUUCCCUUCACCAAUGCAUUAUGCUGGGCCAACUGAGGUGCAGUGGCAUGCCAAGGCUCGUAUUAAUGCUGGUGCAAACUUCUAUAUUGUCGGAAGGGAUCCUGCUGGUAUGGGCCACCCGACCGAAAAGAGGGACCUUUAUGAUGCUGAUCACGGGAAAAAAGUACUGAGUAUGGCUCCUGGGCUUGAGAGGCUCAAUAUCCUUCCUUUCAAGGUUGCUGCGUAUGACACAAAGCAUAACAAGAUGAAUUUCUUUGAUCCAUCAAGGAAAGAAGACUUCCUGUUCAUCUCUGGCACAAAGAUGCGCAGCCUUGCCAAGAACCGUGAGAGCCCACCAGAUGGUUUUAUGUGCCCUGGUGGCUGGAAGGUCCUCGUUGAGUACUACGACAGCUUGGCACCGCCAGAAGGCAGCAGCAAACUGCGAGAGGCAGUUGCAGCGUAGAAGCCGAAAGACGCUUCGGAUAAGUAAUAUCGUUGUAUCACGUGUCAUGAACCGAUGAUAUAUGAUUGUGUAUUGGUGGUAAGACUUGACAUUUGGGCAUGAUCCCCAGCACUCCCCGUGUGGUUUGUACUGCUUACUAGUAUAUCUGCUAGCAGUGUUGCCCCCUGGAGCCCAUCAUGUGCUUGUGGUGCCAAUAAGGAUGGGUUUUGUAUCCUCUUCGGAUUUGUACAUAACGACAUAUAAUAGUGUGGUGGUAAUUUAUCUA